UUAAAAAAAUCUUUUUAAUAGGAGAUUUUUAAAAAAGUUUCUCCGGAAUCGACUCAGUUCAUCAGGAAGCUGCGAGAGUGAAAAAUGCGUUUGAUCGCGCACCUUGUGUCGCUGGAGCUGAGAACACUUUGUUGCUUUUGUUUCACUCAACUUGCCGACAUCUAACUCAGGGACACGGGUAUGCAGCGUGUUUGACAAAUAAGCCGAGAUACACCGAACAUUCACACAUACCAAUAGACGAUGACUGGAAGUUCAGGAUGCAGUCAAAAUAAAUGCUUGCGUUUGGCCCAGGUUUCACAUAACACCAGUUUCAUAAGGCACUUAGGCCGCUAACGGAGCAGUGCCCCUGAAAAUAGCCCACAGGGGACACAUCAUUUAAAUAAAUGUGUUUCUUUCCCUGAACAGAAGUUCAGUUCUGCUCAAUUAUCAUUAAUUUUGCUCCUUUAUUUCCUUUGCGGGCGUGAACGGAGAAGUCGUGCUCUUUGAGGUUUUGCGAGCUGGCCUUGGCUGGCAGAGGUGACCGGCAAUCCUUCACUCGGCGGAAAAAGUGCGAGUGUGUGUGUGUGCUUGUGAAAAUGUGCCGUUCCUCCCAGAAAAAGUGGAAACGUAGGUGGAAAGCUCAGCACAUGUUGGCGACACCUGAAAACCAUGUUCUCCGUCCUGAACCUUUAGAAGCGGUAUCCCAGGAACGAGUCUGAGUCUGUGCAACAGAGCACAGAUGAUUAGACAAACUUCAAUGACUGCACCGCAUUCGUGCAUUAUAUCCAUUGAAAAUUAAAUCCAGCGUCUCCACUCGCGCGCCCACGUGCGUGGAUAAACGCGGGAAUUCGGCAGCCCUCAACGUCACUCGGCAGAGAUUUCCGGACUGUGAGAGAUUUGGGGUGUGUGGCGGGGGAGGGGAGAGUCUGAUAUCUUCAGGUUGAGAGUCAAGUCCUGGGGGAGCUGCAUGGGCGGGGGUGGCCGGGGAGAGGCGGAGGAUGGAGCGCGAACCAGAAAGCGCAGAGGACCCUCAGCCCGCGCCGCACCCGCUGUGAUUAGCUCCAGCGGCGCGACCCGGGAGGGCGGACUCUUUCUUAACCCUCAUUGUCUCCUCCUCCCUCUUCCUUUUUAAAGGAGGCCUUGCGGGCAGAGCUGUCAGCAACCCCGCGGCCGUUUGUACUUGGCCGCGGCGGAGCUGAUUCCUCCUCCUGUGACAGAUAGGGGCGGGGGCUGAGCGGCCGCCUGUCCGGGGUACUCGCACGUGGGGAACCAAUUCUUUUCUUCCGGCUCCUCUCGGGACCCGGCGAUCGCCACAAGUUAGGACUCUGUGCGGCGCUGGAGUUGGCAGCCCCGGGCGCGAUGGCUCCCUUGAGGAGUGGGGAGGGAGGUGGCCGGGGGGUUGGCGCGCCCCUCGCGCGGGGAGCGCUAUGAGCCGGGCAAAGGGCGGCAGCGACUGCCCCAGCAAUUGCCUCUGCCGGCGCCUCCCGCGGGCCCUCGCCAACUCGCCCCGCGCACCAUGCUGACUCCCGGCCUGCGGAACUCGUAGUGCAGCCCCUGUCGCCUCCCCGGCCCCUGCUAUCCCACGCAGGACUGGCUUCGGCCGCCGGGGCCAGCCGCUUGCGACGUGUCCCUGGGGAGGCGGAAUCGCUGUGCGCCUUGAGCCCGGGCUCAGCCCUUCGCUUUCCAGCUGCGUCCUGCUCCCGGCCGCCCAGGGAGCCCAGUGGCAAUGAGGGCACUGCUGGCGCUUUGCCUUCUCCUUGGCUGGCUGCGCUGGGGCCCGGCGGGCGCCCAGCAGUCCGGAGAGUACUGCCACGGCUGGGUGGACGUGCAGGGCAACUACCACGAGGGCUUCCAGUGCCCAGAGGACUUCGACACGCUGGACGCUACCAUCUGUUGCGGCUCCUGCGCACUCCGCUACUGUUGCGCCGCGGCCGACGCCAGGCUGGAGCAGGGCGGCUGCACCAACGACCGCGGCGAACUGGAGCACCCAGGCAUCACCGCGCAGCCUGUCUACGUCCCCUUUCUCAUCGUCGGCUCCAUCUUCAUUGCGUUCAUCAUCCUGGGUUCUGUAGUGGCUAUUUAUUGUUGCACCUGUUUGAGACCCAAGGAGCCCUCGCAGCAGCCAAUCCGCUUCUCACUCCGCAGCUAUCAGACAGAGACCCUGCCCAUGAUCCUGACCUCUACCAGCCCCAGGGCACCCUCCCGGCAGUCCAGCACAGCCACGAGCUCCAGCUCCACAGGCGGCUCCAUCCGCAGGUUCUCCUUUGCGAGGGCUGAGCCGGGCUGCCUGGUGCCCUCACCGCCCCCGCCAUACACCACGAGCCACUCAAUCCACCUGGCUCAGCCAUCUGGUUUCCUGGUGUCACCCCAGUAUUUCGCUUACCCCCUCCAGCAGGAGCCCCCGCUGCCAGGGAAGAGCUGUCCAGACUUCAGCUCCAGUUGACACGCCCAGGCCAUGAAUCCACAACUCAGUCAAGUGGCAGACAGGUGGAGCCCUGCUGCCAUUGCCACAUGCAAUUCUGAGAAAAUUUCCCUUGUAACUGAUCGGUGUCAUGGAGGAGCAUGCUAGGGGAAAAUACAGCACCUUCUAAUUUGAGAGUUUCUAGCUCCAAUCACAGAAAGGCUAAACCAGAGAACUGUUUUCUAGUUUUGCAAACAUGUGAUCAUUAUAUUUCAAUUUAUGCUACUUUUAUUCAAACUAUGCAGCAGUUUGACUUUAAAGUUGCAAACUGGCUGAAAAUGUUUUACUGGACAUUCAGCUAUACUGCUUAGAAAAGGGCUACAUGUUUCUUUUUCAUAUAAGUUGUUCAUUGAGUUAUGAUAGAAAUAUAUUCAUAAAUAAGCAAAGAAAAAUACUUAAUUGUAAUUAUCAAAGGUUAACUUAAAAAAUUAACUAUUAGGUAAACUUCAGGGGGCAGUGAACAAUCUAUUUAUGAUUUCGGGAGUAACCUAACCAUGAAUAUUAGCAUAAUGAGAACAUUUACUUUUUAAAUAAAUAAUUAAAUUUUGUUUAUGAGUUUUUCCAGAAUACAAGGUUUCAAUAAUCACAUGAGGAGUUUAAAGUUUUAAAUAUAUACUCAGACAUUCAUUGUAACACACGGAGUCUGUAAAAUCAUCUCCCCCACUCACUGGAGGGAGUAUUUAUUGCAGACUUGUUGUUCAGCAACGUUCAGUGUUUCAGUGAAAGUUGUACAGUUGGGGCUUAAAACAUUUAUUUGUAAAAUGAGCUAUGUACAAAUGUAAAUAUUUGUAAUUUAAUGUAUUUACCACAUUGACUGUACUAAUUAUUUAGUAGUCAUACUGAAAUUUUUAUGUUAAUAACUGUGGAGUUCAAAGUCUAGCUAUUGGUAUAAUCAUCUAAUAUUAUAUAUAUCUCCAGUGCCACUGAAUUUUAUGUCUGAUGACUAUAUAUUUGGGCAUAUACCUUGUUGGAUUAGAAUAAAUAAAAUACUUUAUGUUUUCAUGAA